AUGGCGGAAACUCAUCACUUCGAGGCUAGCCGCCUGUUCGACAUGCGCGGCUCUGUCGCCCUCGUCACGGGCGGCGGCACCGGCAUCGGGCUCAUGAUCACGCAGGCUCUCGCCGCCAACGGUUGCAAGGUGUACAUCACGAGCCGCCGGCUCGAGGUCAUCCAAGACUCGGCCAAGAAGCAUCAGCCCCCACAGUCGAGCGGCGGACAGGUUAUUGCCAUUGGACCCUGCGACGUGACCAAGAAGUCCGACCUGGAAAAGCUCGUGGCAGAUCUGAGCCAGAAGGAGAAGUUCAUCAACCUGCUGGUGUGCAACGCGGGGGUAUCCGGUCCCAAGGCGGAGCCCGAGCACGAGGACGCCGAGGACCUCAAGCAGAAGCUGUGGGACAACGAGUCGCCCGAGGAGUGGUCUGACGUGUUCAACGUCAACGUCAACUCUGUUUACUUUACGACGGUCGCGUUCCUGCCGCUCCUGCAGGCCUCGAUCGCGCCCAAGGGCCCGCUGGGCGACUUUGCGCCGUCGGUCAUCACUAUCUCGUCCAUGUCCGGCAUCAUGAGGCAUGCGCAGGGCCACUUUAGUUACAACGCCUCCAAGGGUGCCACCGUGCACCUGACCAAGCUCAUGUCGAGUGAGUUCCAGAAGGCCAAGAUCAGGGUCAACUCGAUCGCGCCGGGCUACUUCCCGAGCGAGAUGACGGCCAAGGAGAGCGACGACCGGCAGAAAAGCAAAGUGCCUGCUGAGAAGAUCCAGGAGAAGGGCCAUGUGCCGCUCAUGCGUGCGGGCAAGGAGGAGGAGAUGGGCAUGACGGCGCUGUACCUUGCCCGGAACAUGUAUGUCAAUGGCGAGGUCAUUGCGGUGGACGGAGGAGUCUUGAAUGUCGUCGCUGGACGGUGA